GCUGUCCUCAGCUGUGGUUAGGUCAUUGUUGGGGUCAGGCAUUAGCUCCUAUUGGUUAGAGUGAGACAGCAGGUAAAGUGUUACAUCAGCUCAAUGUCCUCAAGGAGAUGUGAAAAUGAGUGUGUGUUUGUGUUCAGGUGUGUCUCUGAGCUGCUAUGUGUGCUCUAAUGAUGUCACUCUGCUGCCAAAGUCUCCGCCCACCUGGAGACUGCUGUGGGUGGAGCUUACCCCCCCUCCCCCUCCUGGGGGAGUAUUUUUGAGGAGGCGGGUCGGCAGCGGCUCACAGCUCCAGCAGCAUCAGCAGCAGCAUCCUCCUCUUCGUCCUCCUGAGCGGCGGCAGAGCGACAGGCUGGAGUCCUGGUACUCGUACACUCACUGGUUCCCGAUGGCAUCGGGCCACGUGAUGAAGGACGAUGGCGAACCCAUCCCCAGGAUGCAACCGGCUAUGAUGAUGUUCUCCAGCAAGUACUGGUCGCGGCGCGGGCUGUCGCUGGACUCGGCCAUGUUUGACCAGCAGCAUCAGCGGCAGCGGCACACUGGCGGACAGAUGUCGAGGCGUCCGUCCUUCUGUCCCAUCAACGAGAAACCGGACAAAGAGGGCACAGAGGAUUCUGGGAAAACGGCAGUGGUGUUUUCUCUGAAGAACGAGGUCGGCUGUCUGGUCAAAGCUCUCAGACUGUUUCAGGAGAAGCACGUGAACCUGAACCACAUCGAGUCUCGGAUGUCAAAGCGAGUUCCUAACGAGGUGGAGAUCUUUGCAGACUGCAGCUGCAGCAAGAAAGAGUUCAACGAGCUGCUGGAGCAUCUCAAAGACCACGUCAACAUCGUGUCCUUCAAUACGCCAGCACAUGUGUGGUGUGCUGAAGCAGAUGAAGACGAGGUUCCCUGGUUUCCCAUGAAGAUCUCCGAGUUGGAUCAGUGCUCUCACAGAGUGCUGAUGUACGGGUCCGAGCUGGACGCCGACCAUCCCGGGUUUAAAGAUAAUGUUUAUCGCCAGCGCAGGAAGUACUUUGUGGAAGUGGCCAUGAAUUAUAAGUUCGGGCAGCCCAUCCCUCGUAUCGAGUACACGGAGGAGGAGGUGAAGACGUGGGGCGUGGUGUUCAGAGAGCUGACCAAACUGUAUCCGACUCACGCCUGCAAAGAGUACCUGAAGAACCUGCCGCUGCUCACUGAGCACUGUGGCUAUAGAGAGGACAACAUCCCGCAGCUGGAGGACGUCUCACUAUUCCUCAGAGAGCGCUCUGGCUUCACCGUUCGCCCGGUGGCAGGUUAUCUGUCUCCCAGAGACUUCCUGGCUGGUUUGGCCUACAGAGUCUUCAACUGCACUCAGUACAUCCGGCACAGCACCGACCCGCUCUACACCCCCGAGCCAGAUACGUGUCACGAGCUGCUGGGUCACGUCCCCCUACUGGCUGAUCCAAAGUUUGCCCAGUUCUCUCAGGAGAUCGGUCUGGCCUCCCUGGGAGCGUCUGACGAGGACGUUCAGAAACUCGCCACAUGUUAUUUCUUCACCAUCGAGUUUGGACUGUGCAAACAGGACGGUCAGCUGAGAGCUUAUGGAGCCGGUUUACUGUCGUCUAUUGGAGAGUUGAGGCAUGCCCUGUCUGAAAAGGCAUGUGUAAAGAUGUUUGACCCGAAGACGACCUGCAACCAGGAGUGUCUCAUCACCACCUUCCAAGAGGUUUACUUCGUGUCGGAGAGCUUCGAGGAGGCCAAGGAGAAGAUGAGAGAGUUUGCAAAGACGAUAAAGCGCCCGUUCUCGGUGUACUACAACCCGUACACUCAGAGCGUCGACCUGCUCAAAGACACCCGCAGCAUCGAGGACGUGGUGCAGGACCUGCGCAGCGACCUCACCACUGUGUGCGACGCCCUGGGGAAGAUGAACACCUAUAUGGGCAUCUGAAGCUGGGGACGCACCACCAAGCUUCUGCAGAACAUCAGCCGCCAUCACGCGUCCAUCUACGCCUCUGAGUCCAAUGUAGCAACCACAGGAAGUUAUUAGCUAUCAUACCGGCUCAUAGUCUGUAUCACAGCGCCACGAAUCCAUCAAUGACGACUUACUGACCAGGUCAAAGGUCACCGAGACCAUGCCCAAGCAUCUGCAGGUGUUUCCUCAUGAAGGCAGAUCCAGGACGAGGAACGCUCCCUGUAAGGUUUCCCACGCCGAUCCAAAGCUGCGUUCACACGAACCACAGAGCAAAGUUUCACCUCGCUGUGUGCAACAUUCACGUCCCCGUGUUGCUCCGUUUGACUGCCUGCAAAGAGUCAAAGGCCUGUUUUUGACACUUUCAAGCCGUCUACGUUCGUCUGAAUCCCGUCUCUUUCGCUGCAUUUCGGGCUGAACUGCUGAAAAGCAUGGCGGCGGUUAGCUCAGUACGAUCAGCUCAUCAGAGCAAGAUGUCGUGAGUAAGAAGGAUGUCCAAUAAGACCCUCGCACAUUGACUCACCUCUUUCAAAACCCCCUUCAGCCAACCGCCAUCCAUCGUAGAAAUGAACUUUUGGUAAAUUUUUGCCUCGACAACUUGUUUCUCCUUUACUUUGGCGCCAAACUGCACAGGCAACCAUGGCACUCUCUCAGCUGUGUGAUGGAUCCACAGUUUGGCUCAAAGUGAACAAGAAGCGAAAUCGUGCGACUCCCGCCUCAUUCGCGUUGCGAUUCCUCUGGCGUCCGUCUGAGCUCUCGCCAUACUUCCUGCCAGCAGGAUCGGGUGAAUACAUUGUUUAUUGGAUCAAAACGCAUUCGCCUCUCUUCUUGUUGUCUUGUUUUCGAUGUCACAGCGUGAAAGCUUCCCUUCGUGCUUGGUGUGAACGCUCCGUCUGAAGGUCCUCCCCUCUGAUGAGCUUUGAGGUCUCGUGACUAUAGAGCAUCAGUGAGUCAUGUGAUCUGACUGAGGGUUUGUGUGAUUUGUGGACUGAACAGGCGGCGCUCUCAGCUGAUUGGCCGCGGCUGACUGAACUUCCUGUGCUGCUGUGUUGCUUCUGUACAUGCCUGUAAAUGAUGGACCAUUAAAGCUCCCGAGUGUC